AUGGCUAUGAGUCCUUCUCCUCAAAUGUCUCCGACAACAUUCGGAAAACAAGUUGAGAAACAAAGGUCAAACUCUCCACCUCCGCAUCAACUAUCCAAAAGAGACAAACGUCGAUCCGCAAUGCAAGAUAAACUGCACGAAAUGACUGUUAGCUUUGCUUCAAAUAGAGAUCAUCAUUACCGCGACCAACUCAAAGGAUUGCAAAUCGACAUGAACCUCAUUCAGGAAGCUGACGUUCAUGGCAAAUACGCUCUCCCGGAUGGCAAUGAGGUUGAGCCGUUAGUUGUAGAUGGCAUCAAGAAAGUUAAAGGAAUUGCUGGUCAUCAUCCAUCUGCGGCUGGAAAAGAGUAUGAAUCUUUCGCAAGAGAAAUCAACAACGCCAUGGAAGAGAGGGACGUCGCAUUAACUACGCAUAUGAGAGACUACGAAGUUAAAGCGAAUGAAAUCGAAUCCAGUUAUGCCUAUCGAAUGCGACUCGCCGACUUGGAAUACAAAGCUUUGAUGUCAACUUUGAGAGAUCGUUUGAUCAAUAAGCUCAAUAGCAAGAAAGCACACUUGCUGAAAGAUAAAGAGUCAAUUGAAAUUGGAGAGAGCAAUGCUUUACUUUUACACCCAAGCAAAUUUGGUCUCGCUAACCCCGCUAGCCCUGGUGGGAUGCAUUCCAAAAGAGCUACAAGGCAUCGUCGAGAAGCUGAAGAAUUACCCAACAUGUUUGAUCACUCUAAACGGAAGAGAAAGGGAAUUGAUGGCGACGAAUCCCCAGCCCCCUCACGACAACGUAUGGACAAUGGCGGUAAUACCCCGUUAGGGACAUAUGAGCGAAACGGCAAUACAUCUGCACAACUCGAAGCACCCGCAAAUAGCAUAGAAGGUCUAUUCACGGAUAAAGAGCUCGGAAUGAAAUACAAUGAGGCAGCUCAAGCAGCAUAUAGUUAUAUGGUUCGACACCCACCAUACGAAGAUGAUAGUCCUCAAAAUGGCAGGUCUGAUUCCAGCCCCGACACUGAUAAAAUAAAUGCAACAUCUGGAGAUGUUGAGAAUGACGAAUCAGAUUCUCCUCAAUCUGCACCUCAAAUGGAACGUCAACCAUCACACCAGACUAGGAGCACACGCGGUGGGGGAGUAAAUUUCAAUACCGGCACAGGAAUUGAUAUUCUUAGUGAUUUAGCAUAUCCUGGAAAUAUGGCAGCAAUCACGAAACAAAUCCCUAAAUUACCACCACUUCUCGCCUCGAAUAUGCAGAAAGGAUAUGUGAAAGGAGAUGCUGCCAACCAACCACAAGGAUUGGCUCCUGAUGAGAUCAAUGCCGAAUUAGAAAUUAUCAGAAGGGGUCGCACAUAUAAUGAUGAAAGAGGGUUUGGUAAAAAUCUUGAUUUGGAAAAUGGUGGAAAAAGUCUUCUUGAAGCAGUCAGCACACCAAGAAGACCUCAAACCUAUUAUGUUAAAAGCGACAAUAAAGGUACAAUGCUUAGCAACUUGAGGGAAGAAUUGGGUGCGGAAGCAAUGUCAAAACAAAGUUCUAGAGGAGGCAGUGAAGUUGGAGGAACACCAAUGUCAAGACAAAAUACUAACGAUGGAACAUCAUCAAAAGCUGGUGGUCGAGGGAAGAAAAAUCUUCUGAUUUAA